GUAGUAUUGAAACAUUGCGCAAUCAUUGAACAGAAGUUUGAGCGAUCUUAAAUUUAUGACGCACUACACAUCAUACAAACUUAUUGUGCAAUAUUAUUGACCGUGUGUAGCGAGCCUAAUUCUCAUUCGCUCAAGUGUACUCAUGCUCGUCCGCGCUUACCAUAUGCUGGCAAUCAUCAUAAUAAUUUUAUAUUUACGUUCCAAAGGAAGUUUACAAUAUGACAGUUCCUAGAUUGCUAUAAUGAACAAAAAUAAUAAAGCUGCUUCCGGCCAGUGUCGGUUGUGUUUAUGCGAAUACGAUAAACGUGAUCUCAUAUCGGUUUUUUCAACUGGGGAUACUAUUGAAAUGUCAUUAGCCUCAAAGAUAAUGAUUUGUCUCUCUCUUCCGGUAGAAGUCAAAGAUUCUUUUUCCAACUCUGUGUGCAAAAAUUGUGAGGACCGACUAGUGCAAUUUUAUGCGUUCAGAGAAGAUUGCUUAAACGCUCAUUAUUCUCUGCUGGAUUAUCGUUCGACUGCUUUCUGCAAUGAGAAGAAAAAAAGUUGUGAAAGAGAUUCAAUUUCCGAAGAAAAGGUGAUUGCCCCAUGCAUCGGAUUGGUCGAGGCAGAAUCACCUGGUUGUGAGCAGUAUUUGAAGGAGAAUACCUCUGAAAAUGAUGCCAUUUAUCUAAACCGCAGCACGGCUGAAAAUUGCAAGAAAAAAUCUGCCAACGACACAAAUUUGGACCCUGACUUUGAAGAAAUAUCAUCUCACGAGCAAGUUAUCUACAAAAUCCAACAUAAAAGUGUUUCGGCACAACGUUCAGAAACUGACUUUUCUGCUCAUAAAUAUUCUCUCGAUUCUGAUAACCGAACAAUCAAAGAUGUCACAGAAGAAGGAAAAGCGUAUCAGGAGGCUGCUGACGAAUCCGGUGAAAUGGUCAAAUACAAAUGUUUACGUUGUAGCAACCUGUUUUCUGAUUUCGAUAAAGCUUCCAUCCACUGGGCGCAGUGUGCGCAAGUGGAUUCCAGUGAAUUUCUGGAGAACGUAGCUGAGACUGAGGCUGAAGAUGUGGCUGAGCAAUUGCAAGGGAAAAGAAAAAAUCGUAACCAAGUCAAGGAAGCACUGAUAACUCAACCAGCAAAAUCUUUGGAUGAAAGCUGCAAUUUGGAAACUCAGUGUGAUCUAAAAAAUUUGACGUAUGAGAAGGAUUCUAGGAUGCUUUCUACAAAGUCGUCUUCGAUAGCUGCGAGGAGAAAGAUUAGUCAGCCAAAAAUGAGGCACUCUUGUCAAGUCUGCGUCAGGGUAUUUUCCAGUGCAGCUUUACUGAGACGACAUUCGGUCGUUCAUACCGGCGAACGUCCGUACGAGUGUCCAGUAUGUAAAAAGCGUUUCUCUCAAGUAGGACAACUGAAUUUUCACAAAAAUUUUCACGAAAAUCCUCGAUAUCGUUGCGAGAUAUGUACGAAACCAUUUUUGCGACCAAGCGACAUAGAGAAACACAUGAGAACGCACACCGGUGAAAAACCUUACAGUUGUAAAGUUUGCUCCAAGUCGUUCGCUCAGUUGGUUGCUUUGCAGCAGCACGAAAGAAUCCACACGGGUGAUAAACCUUACGUAUGUGAAAUUUGUGGCAAGAGGUUUUCCCAAAAAGCUAAUAAAACGAAACAUGUGAAGAUACACAAGGAAGGAGCGAAGCCCCACACUUGUGGUAUUUGUGGCAGAAGCUUUUCCGACCUGGAAGAAAUGAAUCUUCAUCGUGCUGGCCACGGGGGCGGUAAGCCAAGAAAAUGUAGUUAUUGCGACGAGAGUUUUCGAAAAAAGUCCGAAUUGUCACUGCACACGUCGCGUUGUCACACAUUUGAGAAACUCCAUAAAUGUGCUUUCUGCCAAAAAGCAUUCCAUUCUCUCUACAAUCUUAAGCAACACGUGAUGGUUCACACGGGUCAGAAGCCAUACGCUUGUUCCGGCUGUGAUCUUAGAUUCACACAAAAAAGCAAUUUGACCAAACAUUUCGAGCGAAAGCAUGCCGAUCGCACGAACAAACAAGAUAACAAUUAUUACAUCGUUAAAUUGGAAGAUCGUUGUGACCAGGGCAGAGAACAAGAAAUCUGGACGCUGGCCAACGAUUUGUUAAAAAAUUCCAACGAUUCGUUGGUUAUAGAACGCGAAGAGACGGUGGAAAUUGAAACGUUAGAUAAUUGCGACUCGUGAAUCUGCUAAACUGACAAUGAAAUCUGUUUUUCAGAUUUUUCAUUAAUUAUUUAUUUACAAAAAUUCUUUGUACAUAUGUCCAAUCCAAUGUGCGCAUUGGCACUCUCUUGUGUACAAAACUUAAAUCUACAACUGAAUAUUUAACAAUUUAUAACAAUAGAAAAGGAAUUUCGUAAUUGCAUCGUUGGAACUUGUUUUGUACCUUUGAUGAGAAAAGAAAAUAAAGAAAAAUAUGGAUAGAUGGAUUCUAAA